AUGGGCUGCCGAGGAGAUUGGGUAUUAAGAUCAAUUACCAAUGGUGAUAAAGAUGAAUUUGGAAUGGGAGAACUUGAUUUAAAAUCUCCAAAAAACCCAAAAGACAUGCUAGUAAAAUUAAUGGAGAAGGUUUCCUGGAAUCCUACACAAUGUGAUAAAAUACAAACUAUUGGAAUAAUACAUUCGGGGGGUUUUAUGAUUAUGGUUUACCUUGAUAGACCUAAGGGAUACAUUUGUAGAAUAAAACGAAGUGAAACAAUGGAAGUUCCUGAUUCUCCAGAAAAAUUCCCAUCAAUUUUACAUAUAAUAAAU